AUGGGAUCCAUUCGUUUCAACUCGCAAUCCGCAAAUCCCGCCAUGGCUCAAACCCUCGGCUCUUCGCUAGAUGCGCAGGGGCUCGCAGACGAGCAGAGAGGCUUGUUGGAUCUCAUCGAUAAACUCCAGUUUGCGCAGCUAGACAAUGUCAAACUUCCACAAAUUGUCGUCGUUGGCGACCAAUCCGCCGGCAAAAGCUCCGUCCUAGAAGCCCUCAGCGGCACGCCAUUCCCGCGAGAUGCCGGAGCGUGCACUCGCCAUGCCACAGAGAUUCGAUUGAGAAGAUCGAAAGAAACUAAUCUCAAAGUAUCUAUUAUCCCAGACAAGAACCGUCCAUACAAUGAACAGGCUCGCCUGUUGCAGUUUGGAGGAGACGCUGGCAUCGACACGCCCUUUGAUGCCAUGAUGAGAGAAGCAACCGAACUCAUCGCCCCUCGAAAUAUUCCGGGACGUUUUGCUGCUCGCGAUAUCCUCGUCGUAGAAAAGACGGGGCCGGAAAUGCCCAUGCUGAGUCUUGUCGAUCUUCCCGGAUUGGUCCGUGUGGCCAACCGAGAUCAGUCCGAGGCCGACAUUCAGACCAUCGAGAUCCUAUCUGAUCGAUACAUGAAGAGCAGCCGAACAAUCAUUCUGGCUGUUAUUGGCGGCAACAACGAUUAUGUACAGGCGCCAAUAUUGAAGAAGGCUCGUCACUUCGACCCUUCGGGCUCGCGAACCAUUGGCGUCCUCACAAAGCCUGAUAUGACAGAAGGUAUCGGCCUCGAAGACAAAUUCAUCGGGCUUGUAACAAAUCAAGACCAAGAAAACAAUUUUAAGCUCGGAUGGUAUAUUCUGCUUAAUCCAGGCCCGGGAGAAUUCUGGUCAUCUCUCGAAGAAAGAUCACGGCGUGAGGCAGAUUUCUUCGCAAGAGGCAAAUGGGCAGCUUUGCCGCCUCAAAUGUUGGGAAUAGAAGCCCUGCGACAAAAGCUCAGUUCUCAGUUACAACGACAUGUAGGAAAGCAUGUCAAGACGCUUCGAAGACAGAUUCAACAAGCCCUUGAGCAGUGUGAGGCGGAGCUGAAAGCCAUGGGUUCUGGAAAGGAAACCAUCGAAGAGAUGCGCUUCGAAAUGGGCGAGCUCUUCUCUGCAUCUAACAACUUGGUUACUCCCGCUGUAAAUGGCAAUUAUAAAAAUCCCGUUGGAGAAUCCUUUUUUGCCCGACACUCUCAUCCCAAGGGUACACCAGCGCAGAAGCUCCGGGCUCGCGUCCGCGAAGAAAGCGAAAGGUUUGCACGCCUUUUCCGCCAGCACAACAGCAAGGUCAACUUUUCUUCUUCCUCUAGCUCCGGGGCGAACAACCUGCCGGCAGCAGGAGUCGUCGGCGACCAAUCCAAGAAGGAGUUUGCUCAAAGAGAAGUUGAGCCGCUGCUGCGACAGAUUCGCGGUAACGAGCUUCCUCUCGACUCUAACCCAAGAGCUCCAUAUAUACUUUUCCAAGACUUUUCUCGCGCCUGGCCCGUUCUGGCUCAAGAGUAUAAAGAUAACGUUGGCGUUAUUUGUAACGAAUUUCUCGCUGAUGUAAUUGAUUACGUCUGGCCACUGCGGAUGAGAGACCCCUUGCGUUUCCAUUUCCUCGAGAACAAGAUGAAAGAGAUGAUGGAAGAAGCAGAAAAGGAGCUCAAGAGACUGACUGACGAUUUGGAGUUGGAAAUUCAGCCAUACGAUCCCGAAUAUGAACAGCGUCUCGUCAGAUGGCGCGCAGAAGCUUUGAAAGACGGUGGCACCUAUACUGAGGCGGAAGAAGUGCUCGAGAAGAUGCUCAUAUACUAUGACCUGACAGCACGGAUAUUCACCCGCAACACCAUCACUCAGGUUGUCGAGCGACACUUGCUUAUGAGGUUGCUCGGGCUAUUCAACCCCAUUGAGAUUCUCCGCAUGCAGAAUGCCACUGUUGAGGCCAUCGCCGCCGAGAACAAAGAGGCUCGCGACAAGCGCGCGGCGCUGAAGGCGAGGAAGGUGGCUAUUGAGGAAGCACGGAGCAUAUGUGCUAGCCUGGCGAUGAGAAGCGAGCUACGCUCAUACGAUGAUGACAUGGAUGACGAGGUUGCGACAGAUGAUGAGGACCAGCGCCGGAACAGCUACAGCUCUAAGCGCUAUUUGACAUCCUUGCCGAAUGGAAAUAUGCAGCAGCCGCAAGUCACGCCAAGCUCGCCGGUUCGUCGAAAGAAGCGCGAAGAGCGGUCUCGUUCAUCUAUUAGUGUAGAUACUACACAGCGACCGCCGCCAAUCCCUCAACAGAGCCAUCCCGAUCUCCAGACCAAUGGAGUAGCUCACCAGGAGGUUUCCCCUCAGGAGUGGGAUGAAGCAUAUUACACGACAGCGCAGUCAGCGCCUCACCAUGCGCCGCCGCCACCUCCUCCACGCCCUCAAAAGGUGGGAUUUGAGGACCGCGAUGGAUAUGAUUCACCGCAUCGGAAUAAAGACAGUGUAAGGCAGAAGUUGGCUUCGACACUCAGAGGGGGCGUUCACCAUGCUCAGAGCUGAAGUGGUUGAAGCUUGGAUGUGAUUGGUUAU